CUCAGAAUAGGGUUUCUAAUUUUAAGAUCACAUAUGCUGAACAGGCUUCUAUGCUGGCACAGGUCUUCUGGUAAAAUCGGACCAUGCUGUACUUUACAGAGCUAACUAGCCUUGUUCUCAUGGUCCUAAUCUCAAUCAUAAAUGGUGCCCCCCCUUUUGCAGGUAAUAAUCCCAUUAAAAUCCAGCCUGAUAAACUAGUGGUGGAGUUUGGCACAUCAGCUUCAGCUAACUGUUCCAUAAACACCACCCACCAUGGCAUGGGCUGGGAGGCAUCACAGGCAGCAGUACAAAUGGUGGAUAAUGUCCAGUCCCUCACCUGGAAGGUAGAGACUCUGACACACUGGGACAUAAAUCCAGUGUGCUACGUCCUUGCAGACGCAGACGAGCAGUGGCAUCUCCAGCUCCAAGUUACUGUAUACAAGCAUCCAGACCUGGUGUCUAUUAGCACUGUGAGUUACACGGGGCCGAUGAUUGAAGGCAGACAGUACGAGCUCCAGUGUGAUGUUCAGAAUGUUGCUCCUGUUCGUCUCCUUAAUGUGAACUGGUACAAAGGACAACAGCUAGUGCAAAGUGACAGCUUUACUGAUGAGACCAAAACUCCAGUUAGUAAAACAAUGACACUUCAGGUCUCCACACGAAGAGGUGAUGAUGGAGUUCAGUAUAGAUGUGAGGCAGAGCUGAAACUAGGACCAGAAGGACCUCAACCUCCUCCUAGAGUGACAUCAGAUCCUCUCACCAUUAGAGUGCACCGUAAUAAUCCCAUUAAAAUCCAGCCUGAUAAAUUAGUGGUGGAGUUUGGCACAUCAGCUUCAGCUAACUGUUCCAUAACCACCACCCACCAUGGCAUGGGCUGGGAGGCAUCACAGGGAGCAGUAGACCUGGUGGAUGAUGUCCAGUCCCUCACCUGGAUGGUAGAGACUCUGAAAUACUGGGACAUAUAUCCAGUGUGCUUCAUCUUUGCAGACGCAUACGAGCAGUGGGAACUCGAGCUCCAACUUACUAUUUACAAGCAUCCAGACCUGGUGUCUAUCAGUACUGUAAAUCACACAGGGCCGAUGAUUGAAGGCAGACAGUACGAGCUCCAGUGUGAUGUUCAGAAUGUUGCUCCUGUUCGUUUCCUUAAUGUAAACUGGUACAAAGAACAACAGCUAGUGCAAAGUGACAGCUUUACUGAUGAGACCAAAACUCCAGUUAAUAAAACAAUGACACUUCAGGUCUCUGCACGAAGAGGUGAUGAUGGAGUUCAGUAUAGAUGUGAGGCAGAGCUGAAACUAGGACCAGAAGGACCUCAACCUCCUCCUAGAGUGACAUCAGAUCCUCUCACCAUUACAGUGCACCCUAAUGAACUUCAGGAGUUCUGUGUUAUUACAUAGAUUUUUUUUAUCCAUAUCUUUAACUGUGAUUUAGUUUUUUGGAUUUAUGGAAAUAGUCUGGGAAAAAUAACAUGUACUUUACUUAGGAUGCAUAUAAAAUGAUUUAUCCUUUAAACUCUGAUGAUGUCAACCAAGGCCUAAGGAACAAUGAGGAAAAAAUAAGUUUUUAGAAAAUUUUCCUGUCAUUAUAUCUUUCUUUGAAUCAUACUAAAGAUUUUCAGUGGAAUUUAAAUCUAAAGACUGAGGUGAUCACUCGGGAACAUUCCAGGAACUAAACUUUUUUUUU